CGCUCUACUAGACGCUCGACAUUGCUCUGGAGCGCUGGGAGGAGAUUUGCAGGCUCUUCAUGCACGCGUUUGCCUGACCUUGUUCGCCUUCUGCAAGGUCCCGUCGGUGUCAUGGCCACUAACAGCACCCACCAUCGCCAGCGCCCCAGUCUCGCCAUGUCCUACUCGCAAAACAGUAUCGGCUCGGCCAAUGGGCUAUCUCACAUGGGCUCGUUCAAUGCCUCUCAGUCUGUCUCUUCAACACCCGCCCCCACCCCCCCGGGCCGAAAUUCCCAGCAGUCGGGAAUGUCGUAUAAUAAUUUCACAAAUGGCAUGUCGCAGUCUUCGAUGCAAUCCAAUUUUGCAGGCUACGACGGCUCCAACGGCUACGGGGUGAUGAUGCCCUACCAGGAGGAUUACAAGCCUCAGAUUUACCGAGCUGUUUAUUCAAACGUGUCUGUCUACGAAAUGGAAGUCAAUGGUGUCGCCGUCAUGAAACGUCGGUCCGACUCGUGGUUAAACGCUACGCAGAUUUUAAAAGUUGCCGGUGUCGUCAAAGCCAAGAGAACAAAAACGCUCGAGAAAGAAAUUGCUGCCGGAGAACAUGAAAAGGUCCAGGGUGGUUAUGGCAAGUACCAAGGUACUUGGGUCAGCUACCAGCGAGGCGUUGAGCUUUGUCGUGAAUAUGCAGUAGAAGAAUCGCUGCGGCCGCUUCUUGAAUACGACAUGGGGGAUGGGAGUGCCAGGCGUGCGUCUCUCGAGACACCUACCAAGGAGCAGGCAAUGGCCGCACAACGGAAACGCCUGUAUAAUGCCGAGAACCGCGGAAUAAACCAGCCAGCUCAAGCAACCUUUUUCCAAAACAUGUCCCGAACAGCUGCAAAUGCCGUCAAUGCAAUUAGCAAAGCUCGCUUCGACUCGCCCAACAAGCGGCGACCCAGCAUGAUGCGAAACUCGUCCUCCCAGCAGCAAAUGAGUAGCCAAGAGUCGCUUGGUGUUCCCGUUGCCUCUCAGGGUACUAUGUACAGUGUAGCCUCUGACAGCGGCUUCGCAAGUCAACAUCAGAAUGGGGGACGAAACGAUUUACCUUUUGAUCAAGAGGAUGCAUUGGAGCCUCCGCGAAAACGGAUCAGGAGCACGCCCAACCAUGGUCGUUCCUUUGGCGGUAAUAGCACUCUAUCUGCCUACGAACCUACACCUACAGAACCAAACGAAUCAUUCUACCAGCAGUUGGACGGCCCCAUGCUCGUGGAUGACCCUCAGGAUGGAAAGGAGCCUCUUGCUGCUGCAACUAACCCGGACCAUUUUCACAAAAUGAAAUUGAUCAUGACAUUGUUCCUUGACAAGCGAGUCAAGGACUUUGCAACCCAUCCUGCUAUAAUGCAACUAUCAGGUGAAGACCUUGAGAUUCCCUUGGAUGAAUAUCAGAACACCGCUCUACACUGGGCGGCAAUGCUCGCCCGCCUGCCAUUGUUGAACGCUCUCGUGGAAAAGGGCGCGAGUAUUCGCCGCCAAAAUUCUACUGGCGAGACGGCGUUGCAGAAAGCAGUGGGAACAAGAAAUAAUCUUGAUUAUCGCACAUUUCCUCGGUUGCUGGAGAUGUUUGGGCCUACGAUCGACAUGGUUGACCACAAUGGCAGAUCAAUUCUCCAUCACAUUGCCCUCAUGGCAGCAACUGGCGGCGGAGCACAUGUGUCUGCCAAGCACUAUCUCGAAGCACUUUUGGAAUUUGUUCUCCGUCAUGGUGCCCAAGCCAAAGAGAAUUCUGAAAACCCAUCCACCAACAGCGAGAAUGGAGUCACUGAGAAUGGUCAACCCCAAGGUGAAAUCAUCAGCUUAGGCAGGUUUGUUUCAGAGUUGGUCAACCUACGUGACGAUCAAGGGGACACUGCUCUCAAUAUCGCUGGUCGCGCCAGGUCUGUCCUAGUACCACAAUUGCUGGAGGUGGGAGCUGAUCCUUAUGUUGCCAACCACACCGGUCUCCGCCCUGCCGACUAUGGCGUCGGUGUGGAUAUGGUCAGUGAGUCCUCUCAGUCGCAACAAAGCGGCGAGAAAAAGGAUUCGUUUAUAGAUCAGUUGGCAAAGACUAAAAAGGAAAUCCUAGAUGCUACUCUGGCUCAGAUUGGGACUUUGGUGGAGGAGACUUUGGGUGGCAUUGACCGCAAUUUGACUUCUGAGCUUAGCAAAAAGCAAGCAGAAUUUGACCAUUGGCAUGCAAAGAUCCGUGAAAGUGCGCGUGCGAGACAAAUCGACCAGAAUGAGGUCGAUGGGUUGAAGCGGAAAGCAUCGAAUCAAAUCGAAGUUGGUCGACGGAUAAAAAACCUUGAACGAGAUUCCGAGGAGUUGCUUGUGGUGCUAAAAACGACGUGCGGUGAUGACUACGAGGUUUUAGAAUCGGCUCCAUCCGGUCAUGCUGAUAAAGAUACCGGGCUUGAUGCUGCCGCUUUCGAGACUAUCUUUGCCGAUUUUGAUGUCGGCAGUGAUAUGUCUGCUGAACAAAAGAAAUUCCUCGAGUCAUUGCCGUCUGCUACGGUCCUGGAGGCCCGCCUGAAAUCAUAUCAGGAUCUUAAUAACGAAGUUAUUACAGAGGUUGAACGUUUGAAAACCAGAAACGUUGUUCUGGGUGAAAACUAUCGCCGGGUUGUCAUGGCCUGUACCGGUUGGACUGCUGAUCAAGUUGACGAAGCCGUUGAGGGACUGACCCAGUGUGUGAGAGAAUUGAACGAUAAUCCUAUGCCGGAAGACGAGGUGAUUGAGAUCUUGAUGAAAGAUCGUGGCCAAGACUGUCAGCCUGCGAACAAAAGCAGGGUGUCUCCGAAUACCCGAAAGAUAGACGCUCGAACCGACACUUCGACAUCAAAUAUGCCCAAUUUUGACGAAACAGCUUUCAAUAAAAGUGCCACCGUUGCCUGUGCCAAUGCUGUCACAAACUACACUAGCAGUGUCAAUCCCAGUGGCAUUGUAGCGUGCUACAAUAUUGCCUCUUGGAAUAACUCCACUGGCAUAUUUCAAACCGAUACAAGACUUUAUCAAAAAUCCGCAGCUGUCAAUGAAUUUAAUGGUCUCAACAUGUCGGAUUUUUCUAUGUCGUUUUCCAUACCAGAAGCGAGGCUUUCGUCGCCUAAAAUGAUCCCGAAUACCUUCAUGGAAUCCAGUACACCGAUGCCAAACCAGUUCUUGAUGGGAUUUCAGAAUGUGGGACAGUUGAGUAAGAGUAUUCAAUUUUCAAAACUCACUACCUCCGAUCUUCGAGACCUCAUGAUCCCAGCGAUUACACUCACAGCAAAUACGGGAACAAUGGUCAAUACUUCCCUAGCCUCAGACAUGAUCUCCUACGUGACCGGUCAAUUUGUCCAGGCCGAUGGCACUCCAACCAACAUCACUGCCCCUGAAGCAAACACCAUGGCCACGGCAGUCGCGGCUUCUGCAUCUGUUUUUGUACUCCCAGGCACACAUAUCAUGGUCUUCCCAGUAGGCUUGAUCAUUACUUGUGCGUGGUCCGGCUUGUUCAUCGCUGCUGUGGGCGCGGGGACUGCAGGGAGGUACCAUUAUCGUAUGCAAUAUCGGCGAGCCCAGCCUGGGCAAAGUUUUGCUUUUGGGAAAUAG